AUGGCAGAAGCGGAAGCAGGGGGCAACGAGGAUCAAGCCCCAGCCAAAGUCCUCAACAUUAAUGUAGGUGUGAUGGGACAUGUCGACAGUGGGAAAACAAGUCUUGUUCGGGCGCUUUCAAAAACUCUUUCGACGGCAGCUCUCGACAAACAUCCUCAGAGCCAAGAGAGGGGCAUCACGCUGGACCUCGGGUUCUCAUCAUUCACUGUGCCUAUACCGGAUCACAUGAAGACGGAAGCGCAGGAUUAUGACGUCCUUCAGUUCACUCUAGUUGAUUGCCCUGGUCAUGCUUCCUUGAUCAAGACCAUCAUCGGAGGAGCUCAAAUCAUAGAUAUGAUGAUACUAGUGAUAGACGUGACCAAGGGUGUCCAAACUCAGACGGCUGAGUGCCUUGUCAUCGGCGAGAUUCUCAUGGAGAAGAUUCUGAUAGUACUGAACAAGAUCGAUCAGAUCCCCGAAGAGACAAGAACCGAAAAAGUCGAGAAAGUGAAGAAAGGGCUAGAAAAGGUCGUUCCAUAUUUACAAACUCUCAGCUGUCCAACCAUGCAGCAGGUCUUCGCCUCCACCAAGUUUAAGAAUCCAGACAUGGUUGCUGUUUCCGCCACGGGCGGCAGCGCCGAUGCCCCAGCAGAUGUUCUUGUGGACAAGCUGAAAGGGAUUUCUCGUUUCCCGCAGCGCAUUAUCACUGGACCAUUUUACUUUUCCGUCGACCAUUGCUUCCCUAUCAAGGGCAAAGGGACCGUGUUGACAGGCACUGUUCUUAGCGGCUCGGUUCGUGUGAACGAUGAGAUCAAGUCGAUUCAAAUGUUUAAGAAACCAGUCAACAAGAUAGCUCAAGGAGAUCGAGCUGGAAUCCUUGUUACCCAGCUCGAUGCGAAGUUGAUAGAGAGAGGGGUCCUGGCCACUCCUGGUUCUGUUCCAAGUUUCAGUGCAAUCGUGGCUUCUGUUGAGAGAGUCCGAUUCUUCAAGGUACCAGUCCUGCCUGAGUCCAUGAUAAGUGUGAUGGGUUGUAAGGGAACUGCUGGAAGCAAAAGGAAGUAUCACAUAACGAUUGGACACUCGACCAUCAUGGCGACAGCCAUCUUUUUCCGACAACCAAACCUCGAGCCAGCAACGUCUGGAGCUGACUGUGAGAGCGGCUCACAAUGGGUUCUCCUCCUUUUUGAGAAGGUCGUGACGGCGCCAAAAGACUCAAUGCUCAUCGGCUCCCUUCUCGACACAGACAUUCACAGCAACACUUGCAGAAUUGUGUUUUUUGGGAAAGCUCUCAUUGUGAUGGAUAAGGAUAACAAAGAUGAAUUGAGCAGGUUGAGAUUGUUUAAGCCGAAGCAAAAGGUCGGGCAUGUAAAACGAGUGGUCGACGAAAGUGUUGUGAUCGGGAAGGAUUUGUUCAAGAAGGAAACAGAUAUUUCCAAAUUUAUGAACCUCAAGAUCACCUUGGAAAAAGAGACAGAGAAGGCAAGUCUUCUGCCUGGGUACAUCGAAGGAUCCUUCGGGUCCAGCGGACAGUAUAAAGUGCGUGCUCGUCCUCGCUCCUCCCCCGCUAAGACUCCUCAGGUCAGAUGCACACAGCCUCACGGGCUCCCUGUGAGCCGAGGGAAGGGGAAAGGAAAGGCUAAAGGGGAAGACGAAGACGAAGACACAAACUUGGUAUUCGUGUAA